AUGGCAAUUUUGGCAUUAACAGUAUCACUGGGUGACAUGCGUGAUCGUAUCAGCAGAAUUGUAAUUGGUUCGGAUAUCCAUGGCAAUCCGGUCACUGCAGAUGACAUCGGUGUAACAGAUGCCUUAACGGUCCUCAUGCGUGACACCGUUCGCCCAACGCUGAUGCAAACUCUCGAAGGUACCCCUGUGUUUGUCCACACUGGCCCAUUUGCUAAUAUAGCCCAUGGAUCCAGUAGCAUCAUCGCAGAUCAG